AUGAUACCCCCCCGCCUCGCCACCCGCCUCCACGCACGGCCACCACCCCGAGCGCGGCGGCCCCAUCCGCCUCGGAGAUCACACCACACCCACACCCGCGCACCACCCCCAUCGGCGCAUCCCCCGCUGUCCCCGCUCCUCCUCCUCCCGCUCCCCCUCCUCCUCACCCUCCACAACACCCAUGCGCACCCCCUCGACUGCUCGCCCACCUUCCAGGGCGUCCCCGUCGCCGCGACAUUCCUGAUGCAUCAGGCCCUCCCGCGCUUCGACAGGCAAUUCCCCGGCCUGGAACUCUCCCCCGUCUUCGACAUGGCGCGCCCGGAGGAGUACAGCUACACCGAGCGCGGCGGGGUGUUUGCCGUGCUCGGCGUCGUGGAUGAGGCCGUGGUCGUGCUGCCCGUGUUUGAGAAGCUGCCGCAGGUCGAGGAGGCGAGGUUGGGCGCCGCGGGCAUUCGGAAGAUGCCCGUGGGCCGGUGUGAGUUGGUCGGGAGGUGUAGGUUGGGCUGUGCGAAGGUGGAGUUGGUGGGGAUGAGGGUGCUGAAGGGGAAUGGGGAGUGUGUUUGGGAGUGGAGGAAGAAGGGGAGUUGA